GGCAGACAGCGCGGGAGCCGGCUCGGCGUCAAGUGCAGCUCGGACGCACCGAACGGGGCCCGUUUACAUUUCACCCUUUCUUCCAUCUGUACCCAGUGGUCCUCAGCAUGGGGGAAGAGAACUGCUCUCCCGGGAAGCAGCUACAGCACAAGACACAAAUGGAGGCUCCAGGAAAAAGCUGGCACUCCCAGGCCUACACCCUUGGGGCCAUUUCCAACUUUAUGUCUACUUUUCUGACCUUUCCCAUCUAUAAGGUUGUGUUUCGACAACAGAUCCAUGCCCUGGCAGUGUCAGAGGCCGUGAGACAGCUUUGGCAUGAAGGUCCUCAGUGCUUCUACCGGGGCAUCUACCCACCUCUCCUCUCCAAGACAUUGCAAGGGACUCUGCUGUUUGGGACUUAUGACAGCCUGCUCUGCUCGCUCUGCCCUGUUGGCCCACAUUCCCUGGGACACCGCUGGGCUGCAGGGCUCAUGUCUGGUGUGGUGGAGGCUGUGGCACUCAGCCCCUUUGAAAGGGUACAGAACGUGCUCCAGGAUGGUCGUAAGCAAGCUCGCUUCCCCAGCACCUUCAGCAUUCUCAAGGAAUUCAAUUCUUAUGGGUUUUGGGGGCGGAUGUCGCUGGGCUACUAUCGUGGCUUCUGGCCUGUCCUUGUCAGAAAUAGCCUGGGGAGUGCUCUCUAUUUCUCUUUCAAGGACCCCAUCCGGGAUAGCUUGGCAGAACAAGGCCUGCCCCACUGGGUCCCUGCCUUGGUAUCCGGUAGUGUCAAUGGAACAAUUACCUGCCUAGUUCUAUAUCCUCUGAUUGUGCUGGUUGCCAAUAUGCAGUCCCAUAUUGGCUGGCAGAGCAUGCCAAGCCUGUGGGCCUCUGCCCAGGAUCUGUGGGACACUCGGGGCCGAAAGGUGCUCCUAAUCUACCGGGGAGGCUCCCUGGUCAUCCUGAGGUCCAGCGUGACAUGGGGCCUCACUACUGCUAUCCAUGACUUCCUGCAGAGGAAGUCUCACUCCAGAAAAGAGCAGAAAGACUGA